CGGCCGUCGGCGCAAGCGCCCGUGUGUCGUAGGGGGCAGUAGUAGGGACCCGGCUACGUGUUGCACAUCACGACGGCGGCGACGGCGGCGGCUGGAUGAUGUGGCGGCGAAGACGACAUCACACGGACACAGCCACGAGUGGCCCCGGGAGCGGCGGGCAGGUCUGAAGCCAGCGACACCAGCAUGAGCCGAGUCCCAUGACGCCCACGCGUCUAGACGAUCUCAACAUGAUUUCUAACAACGUUAUGUCCUUCGUCAAGAAGAUGGUGAAGAGCGGCUCGGACGAGGACGGCAUGCGGCUGGGCAGCAAGUUUCGCGCCACCGUGGCCGGCCUCAGUCCGCGGGCGUCACGCGCCGACCUCGGCCACCUGACGCCCGAGGAGCGCUCCAUCCUCGCCAGGGUCUGGCAGAAGGAAGACGAGUUCGAGACGCUUGUCAAGAAAGCCCAGACGCCUCCGCUCACGCCGCCCACCUCGCAACCGACGUCGACGGCCACGUCGACGCCGGACAAGUCGUGCGACAAGGUGUUCCCGGGCGUCGCGUCGGUCAAGAUCGGCGCCGGGGUGCCGAGCGCCGCGGCCGGGGCCAACAACCCCGCCGCGCCCGCUGCGGCGACGCCUCCUCCGCCGCCCCCGUCGAAGCCGUGCCGCAUCUGCCGCAAGGGCAUCCAGGCGGGGGAGCCGUGCCACACGUGCGACGAUUGCAAGCAGCUGGUGUGCGACGACUGCGCGUCGUACUCGCGAGACCCCCAGCACGCCGUGUGGCGGUGCUCGUGCUGCCGGCGACGCAUGAGCCACGAUCGGCUCGGACCCCCGCCCGGGUCCGGAAUGCACAGGGUGCCCUCAGUGCGUCGAAUGACGGAGCGAAUCGUGCAGGACAGUGGUGGCCUAGGUUGCAGCACGGGCCCCAGGGGAAGCUUCAUGCUCAGUGAGCCCCUCAAGGAGGCGCUCCGUCUCGAAAUGCAGAUGCAGGUUGACGGCGGCUGCCUAGCUCCGCCGAGCGCCCGCACCAUCGUCAAGCGUGGCUCGUACGCGGGCCAAACCGAGUGGCAGCGCAACGGACUGCGCUCCUCGUCUCCCGAGCGACGUCACAGCUACCAGAAGCCCGCGCCGGGUGCCGACCGGGACGCCUCGUCGGACUCCUCCCUCGAGGACGACUACCUGCCCCGCGCGGGUCGCCUUCGUCGCAAGUCGCGCCUGCAGAGACACAAGAGCCGCGCAGCGGCAGACGAGGAAGACUCCGAGGGCAACGAGUGGCGCAGCAACACCUCCUCUUCCUCGGCGCUGGACAGCCUGGAGGCCGACGGCGGCCCUCCUCCCGCGCCGACGCACCCGUCGUCUCACCGCGGCAGCACGGCGAGCGGCGGCCGGCUGGGCGUGCUGACGCGCUACAGCUCGGAGAGCUCGGACGUGAGCGACCUGAGUGGAGGCCGGGCUGCCCCGGAGAGCUCGCCGGACGAGCGCCGCAGCAUCCCGAGCGUGACGGUGGACGCCAUCGGGCUGCCGCCCCCGUCGGUGGGCCUCUACGAGGAAGUGCGUCGGUGCUCCACGGGCAGUGCCUUGCCGCGCAUGCCCAUCCCGGAGAACCAGCUGUGCCUGUUUCCGGGCGCCCCCCACGGCACCGGCAGCACUCACUCGCUGGACCUGCCCCGCGAGGAACUGGGCAAACCCGAGCGGAGGGCCUCUGCUCCCGAGGGGGACAACAUCAAGAUCGUCAUCGACGACGUCGACUCGCAGGGACCGCCGCCCACACCCCUGCGCAAGAGAGUCCUCCUGCAGAGGGACCCCGCCGACACAGGCGCGAGGACCCGAGGGUUUGGAAUGCGGGUGAUGGGCGGCAAGAAGGCCCCGGACGGCCACCUGUACGCCGCGGUGGCGUGGGUGCUGGCCGGCUCGUCGGCCGACCUGGCCGGCCUCAAGCAGGGCGACGUCAUCCUCGAGUGGAACGGCACCUCGCUCGUCGACCGCUCGUACGAGGAAGUGUGCGCCAUCCUCGACAAGUCGCCGCACAGCGUCGAGCUGGUCGUCGAGACCGGCCGGAAGAUGAGCAACCGCGAGCUUCGCGCGUCCACGGGCAACAUCCCGUCGCGCAAGUCGUCCACCUGUUCCAUGGGCGGCGGUGAAGGGGCGGCCACCCGCCGCAAACUGCCGAAGACGCCCGACGAGAUCUGCAACAAGGCGCACGUCCAAGGGGAGCUCGGCGUCCGCCUGUGGUACGACGGCACCGACUUGGAGGUUACCGUGCUGGGCGCACGUGGGCUGCCUCCUCGACGUUCGUACGUCAAGCUGCGACUGCACGAGCCCGGCUCGGGCCUGCGCGGUCCGGCCAUGAAGACGCCCAUAUCGGAGCCUGUGACCAGUCCGGAGUGGAACAAGACGUUCGUGUUCAGCUCUCUCGAGUCGCUGGAGGGCCUGUUCCUGGACCUGACGGUGUGGGACCACCGGCCCGUCGGCACGAACGCCUUUCUGGGAGAGUUGCAGCUACCCCUCGACAGGUCGCCCCUCAGGGACACCCCCGAAUGGCUACCGCUGUCCAGGGGCGCAGGGGGCGCGGGACGCAGCCAGUCCCAGGAACUGCCACCCGACGACCUCAUCCGGAGUUCGUCCAUGGACUCGAUGCUGCUGCAUCCUGACGACGCGUGGCAGGGCAACCCGGUGGAACGGAAGUCAUCGGCACCGUCCGUCUACUCUGUCUCUCCGGGAGCUGGUGGAAAGAACCGCCAAUUGCUGGCCCAGGACAGCCUGCCAGAGCUGUACGCGUCUUCGCCUACGCAAGCUCCGGAAAGGGCCAAGAGCGCCAGUUUCAAGGUUCGCCGAAACGUCAAUCUUCCGGACACAGCAGCCAUGGACGAGAGGCGGUCGCUUCCGAGGCGAAAGCUUUCACGGACGGUGAGCCUCAAGUCUGAGGAGAGAGUCAACCACGUUCCAGUCAGCAAAGGGGGCAACGACGGCGGUGACAGCAGCUCCGGCUCGGAUCGCUGUCUGCAGGAAGUUGGGCCCGGCCAGAAGAACUCCCGGCGAGACCUGGCUCGCCUCGGAGAACUCAAGCUUGGCUUCAUCAUGACAAAGGGUCAGCUCGAAGUUGAGGUCGUCUGCGCCCGUGGACUGCCUCUCGGCUCGGGAGGAACGCCACCCGACACGUACGUGAAGACGUACCUGAAGGAGGGCGACCGCCAGAUGCAGAAGCGCAAGACCCGCGUCGUCCGCCACUCCUGCGAGCCGCAGUACCGCCAGACGCUCAAGUACCGGCCUGCCGACGUGCUGGGUCGCUCCCUGCUCGUCACCGUGUGGGAGCGGGCCCGGGGCUUCGACCACAACCAGCCACUGGGCGCAGCCCUGGUGCAGCUGGACCGCCUCGAGCUCAGCCGGCUGACGCUCGCCUGGUACGCGCUGCAGACGCCCGCCGGGCCGGCGUCGGCGUCGGGACCCCGCGGUAACGGCGAGGAAGACGACGACGAUGACGACGACUCGCCGUGAACUGACUGACCGCUCUGUGCGUGCGUGUGUCUGUGUGUAUACGUGCGCGUGCGAGCCACGCCGUCACCCGCUUUUCGACCGACAGGGUCGCACGAGACGGGGAAAUAAGCGCUCCAAGCGCGCCACCGCUGCAUCGACGUCCGCCGUCUAUUCGUUUUCCCCUGCAAGGUUUAAAGCGAAAGAGGGAUGCUGCGCUAUAGUCGGCGCUUCGUAAGCAGUCACACGUUGUGGCUCUUGCGGUAUAGGACAAACUAUCGGAGCAGGGGAAUAAAUUAAAGUCGAGGGUUCCACGAUAAUUCGGUAACGCAGUGAAGAUAAGGUUCCAGACAUUGACCAAGUCAAAAACGGAAAAGUAUAGAAAGUUUGCAUUGACGUCAUCGUGGCCGUCAUCUUGGGGUACUGAAAUGUCUGUAAGAUUCGUAAACGAAAAACGUGACCGCAGGAACCAGCGCGUCUUCAUGCAUCGAGCGAGAUAAUGUUAACAGUGAUAAUGCGGUGACAAAACGGCCGUCAUCAAAAAGAAAAGCAACGUGCGCGUGAUAUUAUGGUGCGCUGACGUCACCGUGGCCGCCAUGUUUGGCUACCAGCGCGCUGAGAAGCUCAGUUCGUGACUUCGCGUGAAAAACUAUCUAUAGUCUAUUUUUCCAUCGUUGAUUUGGUCAAGACUCUGAAACGUCUCCAACUUGUGGCUUUUCAUCUGUGGCUUGUUCAGAGCUCCGAGGCGUCUCUACUUCAGCGUUGACUUGGUCAGUGGCCGCACCUUCAUCGCCAGGAUUUACACUACGUCCUCGCUUUGUUGUCAUUUGUAUUUUUGCGCUACUUGCAAAAGUCUCAAGGUCGAAAGGACUCUGCGUUAUUCUUCGUUGCCGAACGGCUGCCUUCUUUGCUCCCAAGGCUUUGACGGAAAGGCUAUAAAAGGAUUGUUGCGGAAGCGUCUGGCUAUUCUCUGGCUCGCUGUCUGCCCUUCAUCACCGAGAGGGAAACAAUAGCAGCGCCACCAAACGGCAAACAGAGGUUUCACUCUAAGGCUGUAAAAGGCGCUUCGCUGCAGCGGCAAUCGAAGGUACCGUAAGAGUCGACGACGUUCGCUCUCCCCACGCUCCCUGGCGUGUCUGUAAACUGUAAGCUGAAUGCAUCGGUUUCUACGACGCCUUGGGAAUCGGAAAGCGAUUUCGCGGCAUUGCGGCCCGUAAACGAAACUAUAGCACACCUGGAACACAUCGAUAACCGAGAAUGGGGUUUACCGAACACCAUCUGCCAGGAAUUGGUUGGAACCUUUUGAGAGACGGCCUCCUCCUUUUGCAACCGCGCGGGGAGAAGCUGGCGGAAGAAGUUGACGACGGUAGUCGGCCAUUAACGUAAGGGUGUUUCACCGCACAGCAUUAAUGCAUUACAGGGUUUGCAUUGCGCGCAACGGAUCGAGUAACACAGGCGCAUCUUAUUUUUUUUUUCCAUGGUGAUAAGAAGAAAGAUAUUCGUGGCAAAUGACGGAUCACUGACGAGUGUACGAGAAUCUUGUUGCCGGGGUGUUAUGACGUAAUGAAAUGCUUAUACUGGAGAAGUGUGCCGCGAGCAGCUGUCUCUAUCGGAACUUAGAACUGGCCGACAGGGUAGUAUAACCUCUUGUUAUACCGAAGGCUAUUUGAAACUAUUUCUCGACAAUACGUAUAGUUGAGGAGAAAACACUGUCGCUGAAGAGGCCUUUUUUUUUUCUUUUCCGUGGCAUUUGGUCCCCAAGACCGUUACACCUCACUUUGCAGAAACACUGGAAUCGCAAACCUUGGCUAAAACAUCAAUUAGUUUACUAAUUUCAGAAAGCCACGUUCUGCAAGAAAGAGCAUAGCCUUGGAAAGAAACAUCUGUUGAAGUAAGCGCUUUCCAAAAAUUUAUGCGUAAUAGCAUUCACCUGUUAGGAAUACUUAUUUUCGUGUUAGAGCAUUUGACUGUCGGGUUUCUUUCGCGCUUAAUAUCGUGAAUAAAAUGUUUUGCACAUGCUGGCCGCAUAGCCAGCAUUGCCUCUAUUUAUUGUUUUAGUGCGUGGAACGAAUACAGAUGCGGAAUCUAGCGUUUUAAUAACGUUUUAAUAAUAUCGGUUUGCUAAGCAAAAAAUAGACCUGAAUAUUGAGCCCGUAGCGACAACACACAAAAUCUGUGAGUUUGAACGGUGACCGCGUCUAUGAAUUCCAUCUAGCCGUUAUCAUUCUGCGCAUCUAAGCGAUAAGUACGAUGUGGUGUGAUGAUAGGUGCUCCAAAUCACCGACAAGCGCUCUUCAAGCAAGAAUUAAUAUGCCACGAUAAUAACAUGGCUGGUAAUUUGAGUGCCACACAUUAUUUUCUUUCCUCAGCUCGUAGUUCGAAGGCGUGGAGAGGCUACGAUCGCUGACGUCUUAGUACGCCAAAAAAAUUAUGUGGCCUGGACGCUCACGUGGCUCGUAAUGUUGCCAACGCACACCGACUCAGCGGCUAUUUGCCCGGGAAUCUAAGCAUCUGGCCGAACGCAAGCGAUGAUAGCUAUAGCACAUUCAAAGUCAACACGUCAUGUCGAUCGCGGCACUUAUACAAGAGAGCCCCGUUGUCGUCAAUUCUACGAGCCUUCGAAGACAACUACGUCAUCGGAGGCUGUCGAGCUUUCGUGGGAUUCGACUGCCUCGUCAUCGCAAAUCGACUCAGUUUCUCCAUCAGAACUCGUCUCAGAACGUGACAGCGUAAAGCAGCAACCACGCCUUGUUUGUAUAAAGCGGCAAGGAACUGCAACUUUUGCCCUUCGAGUGCUUCAAGGACAGAUCGGCUGCGUGACACGUGGUUACGAAGUCAGCUAUACGCAUGGCGCGCGCGCAUAACUGAACCGACUCCGCGUGUGCUCUGUGCAAGUGUUCGUGCGCGAGUGCGACAACGCAAGUCUGUGGUACAUUUCCCGACACCUGUUGAUACUGGCAUGCGUGCUCUCAUACCGUCGUGCGGUGCACCGGCCGCCGAUUAGGGGGAAAGCAACCGCCAUAACCCUUCUGCAACUUCACCAACUUGGUUGUGUGUGUGUACGUUGUCGUGUGUGUGCGUGUGUGUGUGUGCACGCGUCCUGAAUUUCAGCCUUGCCUUGCCCGCCAGUUAUGUCUCCCACUUCGUAUUAUUACGGCGCCCACACCAUCGCGGAAAUUUCCUGUUGAAAUAUCGUCAAUGGGCGGGCUGUGUACAUAGCGAGUUCCCUUACAAAUGUGGAUUUUCGCAGUCUAUAGACCAUCUGCAGGCCUCUCGUAACUGUACACUGUACCUUCCUGAUGACUUGUACCUUCGUCUAUACAAUAUUUAUACACUGAGUGUCGACGGUAUUCGUUGACAGUCCCGUCUCCUUUGGUCUAUGUGUGAUUCAUAGACGUCCAAAAAGCAUUGGUUGCGGAAUAUCUACAGACAAUAGUCGAGAAUAAGUGUAAAACUACAAGUCUACAGGCUGACUGUAUGUUAAUCCAUAGACUCUAUCACAAAGCGUGUGUAGACUUUCUAUAUACUGCCUGCACUAUUUUUUAAGGGUAAUCCGGACGUCAGUGCCUUUUCGUUUCAGUUAUUGGUAUCGCAGUCCCGUAAACGAUGACACUGCACUCUGUACGGCUUAGAAAGCAAUGCCUAUCGCAAUAUUCGCCUUAUAACACGCCACUGCUACGAAGGGUAUAGAAAUCAGAGGUGAAGAAAUUGCAGCAGUUAUAGUAUUGUUGUCCACAGUGCACAUAACAACGUCGCGGUUCCCGCUCAGCUUCGGUAAACUAAUUUCUUCGGCGCGGUUAUGCGACGAACGAGUUGUGCUCGACCUUAUAACUAACACAUAACAAGAGUUCUUACCAUACCAUCAUACCAGUCGCUAAUCUCGACACCAAAGAACCCCCGAGAAACUGUUGAGGGUAACAUUUCGCUUCCCCUGGCAAUCGGAUAGGCAUCUUUCUCCCGGUAAAUGCAUCACAUUCGGUGACCUCGUUUAGUUUACUUCGUCUACAACAGGUGGCGCGGCAAUUCGUAAACCUCCCGCAUCUUACUUUAACAGGCGCGUCAAAACUUUUGACACGCGGCGAACACACGGGGCUCCGCGACUGGUGUGACUAAAGAACUUGACGGAGCACUCGAUGUGCCAAGGCUAAAGCCAAAAAUACUAGGCCCGUUUCUCGCAAAACUUCCUUUAUGUAAGAGCGCUUUCUCAAUGGCCGGCGUUCGAUCGCCUGCGACUCGCGAAAGGGAUCGGCUUGAUAACGACAAAAAUCGCCGCAGCGAUUUCCAAUCACCGACGUCACAGACUUAAGAGAAGUUUUGCGAAUCCGGGCCCUGAUGUGCUCAACCGAAAUAAAUGCAAACAGAAAAUUAGUAAUAGAAAGUGUAUAGAAUGGUUACAAUAAUGCACGAAAAACAGGGGUCUUUUUUCCCCCUUCGUGUUGCUUUUUUCUUUUAUCCCAAUGCUCCCUUAUCGCUGCCCCAACCGUUCUUCCCAUAUAGUUCUUUAUCGUAACAGCGCCGUGGGCAAAGGAACGUAGAUAUGAUUCAAACUGUUCCCCCGACUCUUCGAAUCAUACGCGUUCCUUCCUCUUUGAGAUACGCAUCACACCGCACAAUGAAACGCAGCUCGCAAUAUAUGUCUCCGACAUCAGUGUUCGUUGUGCCCAUUUCCACUGGAUAUAUAUGCAGCACAUGCUUUCAACUCGCUUCUGACGUUAUUUCUAUACAUUACUUCGUUUUCCUAGUGGCGCCCUCUGUCACCUAAAAGCUGGAAAUAAACCGCGCGCAAGCGAAGUGUUGACCAACCCAAAUGUGUAUAGUCUAUAAGCGUAAAGCGUCUAUAAGCGUAAAUCGUACUUAGUACCAAUCGAAGAGUGUCGAUAUCCAUUGCUUUCUUCUUUUUCACCGGACGGACGUAGACUUGCGGAAUACAGCAGUAUUGUGUAAAACCUGGUGCCUCAUUACGCUACUGGUGCGAACCAGUGACGUCAGCAUCAAGGGGUUCGCACGUUCGCUUUUUCAGACAGAUACAUAUAAUAAUGUUCGUAAGUGUGUAUGUGAACACCUUUAAUCUCGGUAGACCUCUAUAAAGUUGCGUGCUUUCACAUUCAAGUAUAACGGCCGUGUCGAUAUUCUGCAACCAUUAAUAAAGAGAAAAGCCGUGUUAGCUUCGGUGUUUCGGAUACUCUGAAUCUUAUCUAAAGGCAACAUUAGUCUAAGUAAACUUUGCAGCAGUAAUUCAGGCGGGACAGCAGUGAGAUGGCGUACUUUAUGCGUCAUAAUAAACCACGUCUGGCGCCCGAACUUACCUAUUGAUUCCUGUUGUAACGUUUCCUUAUUAAAUUAAAGCCAAAUCCAGCAUGGCUGUUUCCUUCGAGUGUGAAAACUCGCGCGCCCUGUAAAGGUUACUGUUACAAGAGUCUAUGGCGAAAUGCGACCAAAACGUAUUUUUGCUGUUCAGUCACUGCAAAGAAUUAUUUUGUGGCCCGUGUUACAGCGCAGAGAGGGGCAAUAGAAACAUGAAUAAAAAAAGAGUACCUGUGCCUCCCAUAGAGCGAGUCUGUAUAGCUUUAUUUUCAUGGCUUGUCAGAAAGCUCUCUCGGUGUGCUAAGUUCAAUCGCUGUUCGUUGUUGUUGUUGUUGUCGGUGGUGGUGGUGGUGGUGAUGCUUGACGCAAACACUGCCUCCCCCCUUCCCCCUCCCCUCACGAUAACCUGAACACACGGCUUGCCUGCAUGGCUUCUAAAUCCAUCUAAUUUACCCCAUAUUCUAUACAUCCUCUCUGUUAACGUGCUCGAUUUUCUGUGAUCGGCUGUGUGCUCGGAAUGCUUGCGUCGCUGUGGAAGUGUAUCUGAUUAGUAAUAGGCAGGCAUACUUCCCUAACCUCCUCAACGUGGCGAUCGGCCCUGUCUGAGACAAAGACGGGGACGGCGAGGCCGCGGAAUGCGUAAAUGGAGCCAAACCACAUGAGAUGUCUUUUUCCGCGUAACUUCGGCGUUAGCGCGUCUAUCGCACGCUGCGCUAAGACCACGCUGCAGACCCGCCCGAAAGGCUGUUCCGCGCUGGUCCCUUAUAUUGAGGCGAACGCCGCGUGGUUCCCAUUUCGGCCUUUAUGACAUCCUCGGCGCCCCCCCAUCCCCCGCCCCAAGAAAAAAAAAAAUAGGUCAGGAAUACGUCGCAUGUGGUUGCUCCUUUUUAACGCCUCCUUCAUGCAUCCUACUAAGGCAGCGUUGGUGACCUCACGGUAGCGUUUCGUACACGUGGUCAAAUACAAGUUAACAGUGGGCGUAUGCUCAAGUUGCAAAGGCGAUCAGCGUGCGGUCAGGUGAAACGUAAGAGACAGGUCCGGCACCUUAACGCGUGGCACAAGAGUAUGUAUUCAAAAGACCAGCGAGAGAUAGAUAUAGAAGCAAGUAACGAGAAGAAAAAAAAAAAAACAACCCGCAAAUGCGUUUUGCACUUCCUGUAAAAGACGCAAUGUCAUCAUCUUGGGCCAUAACCAAUGCGUUUUUUUUCCUUAAUCUAAAAAGCGAUACAAUAUAUUGUCGCAAAUAUUCUAGCCUAUGAAUACAUCACUUGUUCCGGCCUCACUGCGAAGAAUAUAAGCAACGUAUUCUGAUUGUUUUACGUGUUAUCUAAGUUGCUUGCUAAAGCGCAGGAACGCUUGAGCCAAUUCACUAUAGCUCAGGUCAGAACCAUCUUGUGGCAACUAGUCAUCAGAGCUUAAACAUGCCAGAUGAAAUCAAACUAGUUGAAACCUGGUAGUUUCGGGUAAAAUUAGCCAGAUAUGUACAGCCUGCCGACUGUACAGUAGACAGACGGGAUCGUAUUACUUUCUGGAAGUUCUGACAAUUAUUCUGUCUAGUAAUUGAGAAGGAACUCUCGUGUGCACACCUUUCCUAAGUUGAGAAGAACUUAUCGAGGUUAUCAAGAACUUAUAGCCUCAAUAUAUGCCGCUACUUCGACGCGGAAGCUUCAGAAACAGUUGGAGGCCCGCGCGCACAAGUCCUAUAAAGACGAGUUUGAAAGUCUAGCCGCAAAUUUCGCGCGGUUUCGUGUUGUCACGUAACGCUGCUCUCUCCGCAUGUUUUCCCACUAUGCAACAAAAGAAUAUAGAAAAAAAAGUAGAAGCAAGAGUUCAGGUGGCGUGCAUGAGCGUGCUAAAGGAAUGUCUGUAUUUCACGACCUGUCACUAAUUUAACCAGCCGCUUGCCUCCUACACUCUACCGUUUGGCAGCGCGCUCACGACGACAAAAUAAACUUUCGCAGCGCUUGCUGUGUAGGUUAGCAAGGACACUGAUCCGCGCAUGCUCACAUACCCGUGCACAGUCCGUCGAUAUCUAUAUAAACACUGUGUAUAUAAACACACAGCAAAUGCCUCACCUUGGGGUGCCGUGUUCGCAAAGAGUCGUUCUCAAGCUUUCGCAGAUACGGCCCCUGAUUCGCUGCGACCACCCACCGGCGAACGCCAGCCGCAGCGCAUCCUGCGAUGACGUAGUCGGUGCGAGCGGAAGUGACGUAAGCCUCCACGGCCGGAAGUGGGCGGAGUAUACAGGCAGCUGCAAUGCGCGGGUGAUUCUGCCGCGCCCAAAUAAUGCAACAGCAAAAGAUUCCCGUCUUGCUCACAAGCCGCUCUCGUCAAAGGAAAAUCUUGGCGACGUCGCACGCGGUCGUGUAAUUAGAAAGGUCUUUCGCGUUGCGCGACAGUCCGUAAGGCAUCGCGAAACGCUACUGACGUGCCUAAAAGGCUUGCCCGCGACAUCGCAGACGCCAUAUUGGGGCACCAUUCACGGCUUCCAUGGUGCUACUGAGAACGUAACCUGGAGAUUAGCCCGUCGAAUUAAGGCGCAGCUUUGCGACGCGCUAAUAGCAGCUCAACAUGGCGCCCGUGAUGUUAGUUUCGUAAGACUAAUAAUUUCCCAGGUGCGUCUCCACGCAUUGAUUCAUUCGGCCGUGCCAUCACGUGUGCACGACCAUGCUUACCAUCAGCUAACGACAAGCAUAGGAACAGCUUCGAUACUAGUAACCGUCACCCCAAAGCACGGAAACACAGCAAAUAGAGAAACACGUCGAGCCUGAAAGGUCGCUUUGCCCUUGCGAAGCCAGCCCCGGUCACACGUGACUUUUGAGUGACAGGGCUUUCAGUUCGCGGAGGUAUAUGACGAGCAUCCAAUUCUCUCUGGAACCAGAUUCGCCCACUUCCGGUCCGCAAAUGUCCUGCGAUGCCUUUAUCCGUGUGAUUCCGUUCACCGAGCACUGUACAUGUAAUAAUCCUUAUUUUUCCACACAUUGUACAGUUGUACAUGUAAAUGCAUUAUACACACGAGCCGGUCAUGCAGAGUAUACGGCGUACCAGGGACGCGGAGAAAACAGGUUAUAUAUCUCUCCAUAUAUAAGUAUAUACAGUGAGCGUGUACAAGCCACACGAUAUUUUCAACCUCUCUUUACAUAUAAACGUCUAUAUCGAAUUACAUCCUCUAUAUCUAUAUACACGUUCCGAGACUGUUAAACGCGGGUAUUUUUGUUUUUGUUAAAUAUUUUGCGUGUGUGCGUGUGCGUAGUGUGCACUGAACUUUUAUUGACAAGCCGCCGAGCUCUUUCGUUGAGUGUGGUGUCAUGUAUAGCGCUGGGUGUCGCACAGUGAAGCCGAUCCCUUUUCUCGCGGAAACUUUAGUCUUCGAAAUUCGCUGCAGUCAGUUGGGUGCUCGCACCUCGUGCAGACGCGAUGUCUAACGCCAAGAACUAAUUUGCAAUAAAUUCAUUUUGGUGAUGACGUAUACUGCUUUGCCCGGCGCGUCAGUUUAAAGGACGGUUCAUCGUUCGGGCACUUCCCUCAUCGCCAUGGACCUCUGAAGUUGUUUAUCGCCACGUAUAUUGUACACCAGAACAUAGCUGCCAUUGAAACCUAAAAUACUGACAGAAAUACAGGGAACGUGGGGGGAAGGAGAUUUGUUUUAAAAACCACCAUGUCCACGCCCUCAAUGCGGCAGUUAUGUUCCAUAAGAAGCCCCUGUAGCUAUCCUGGAUUAUACGCAUCCCCGCUUACAAGUUUGUUUUCUUUCCUUUUUCUUCUUUUUUUUUUUGAAGCCACAUCCAACCACGGUCUUCGUUUCAUAACUAUAGCAUUGCCCAAGUCCCGAAGUUCGUGGGCCGUACACAUGAUUUCUCCAAAUACUUUCACUCACUACUGCAUUAUUGGAUCCUGCGUUUUCAUUGCGAGUCACUGUCCUUCAAAUUGCAGCAGUGAUAAUUUUUCCGGCGUAGUGUAGCCUGAGAUUAGAUGUCAAAACUAAGCGUUACGGCAUGUUAUGUCGUAUACUGCACUCAAAUAAAUAAUCACCACGUCACGUAAAAAGAUCCUUUGAGAUUAACAGUACAUCCAUUUGGUGCAUUCGCUUCAUGACAUUGAACUAUCAAUUCACCUUAUAACAGAAACGGCAGCCGACUAUGCCGGCUAAUUAGCCGACUAUGUCGGCUAACGUUCUAUUGUAGCGAACCUAAUCAUUACGAGCCGCCACUGACGUAUACUUCACCAUUAUCGUUAUCAAAUCGGGCACUAAAUAUAAAAUACCGUAGUCCAUUGUGUCCGUGCGAGAUCUGAGCGCAAACCAUACUGUCUGGUCUUAGCAAAUAAGUCGUUCGAGAAAGCCCGGCUCAACUGUGUCCCACGUUUCUCCAGCAGCAACUUACCAGUGUGUUGUGUAUAUCAUCGUGUCAUCUGUGCGUGCUUUCUAAGUGUUGUUUGCCGUGUACCGCGAUGCGCGACGGGCGUGCGUUAGCCGGUUUUAUUAGUAACCGGUUUCCGGGUAACCGGUCACUAAUGAGGCACGGUUAUUGCUAGCCGGUUUUCGUUGUCCGUUUAUUCGUCGGUGACCGCAUGUUACAACACCACGACGCCUGUUUCUUCGGCGUAAACUGCAUAUAUGUAUCUCUGACACGUGCUGUUUGUUGAAGCAAGAGACAAUGGACGAGAGUGAGAGAAUAAAAAAAAAAGAUUAUAUAAGCGCCGUUACGAUUGAUGAUGAAAUAAAUGCGGACUAUAUGGAACG